AGUUUUUCGAACCCUGCCUAGUACCCCAUUACCCUUCCAUUACCCAUUACUAAUUUAUGACGAACUAGUAAAAUUCUUUUGUUUGUACCUUUCUGUUUUCGUCAUAGUUUUCGUAUUCCAUGUUCGUAUUCUGUGCCUUUCUGCCCAUACUUUCUGCGUUUGUUGUUCUGUUUUAUGGAUGUUUUGACAGGUUUUGAUUUUUAGGUUGAAUUUCAAUUUUCUUGCAUUUUUCUUGGUAUUAAUAUUCUUUGAUUUCAAUGUUUUGGUCUCGAAAAAUAGUGGUCAGAUCUGUCGUGAUCGUAUAAAAACUAAUUUUCUAGUUACUGGUGGAUCUUUUGGUGGCAUUAAAUAUUAUUAGUUUCAAAGAAUUUUGUGUUCUUAUGUUUUAAAUAAACAACUUCAACGAUGCCCAUUUUAUUCAGUGUUAUUUCAAGAGGAACUACAGUCCUAGCGAAAUAUGCAAGUUGUGCUGGUAAUUUUAUAGAAGUUACUGAACAGAUAAUUGCAAAAAUAUCCCCACAGGAUGAUAAGCUUACAUAUUCACAUGGAAGCUACUUAUUUCAUUAUGUUUGUGAGAACAGGAUUAUAUAUUUAUGUAUUACAGAUAAUGAGUUUGAGAGAAGUAGGGCAUUUUUGUUUCUCAAUGAAAUAAAAAGAAGGUUUCAAUCCCAUUACGGCCCCACCGCAGAUACUGCUAUAGCCUAUUCAUUAAAUACAGACUUCGCCAGGGUUUUGGCUAAUGAAAUGAAACACUAUUCAGAAAGUCAUGAUGUCGAUACUAUAUCAAAAGUUCAUAGUGAACUUGACGAGUUAAAGAACAUAAUGGUGAAAAAUAUAGAUAAUGUUUCAAUGAGAGGUGAACGAUUAGAAUUACUAGUAAACAAAGCUGAAAAUUUAAAUAGUGGCUCAGUAUCAUUUCGUCAUACUAGUCGAAACUUGGCUAGGUCUAUGUACUGGAAAAACAUAAAACUUUAUGUAAUUAUUGGAGGUGUGAUAAUUGUUAUUGUUUAUUUAAUUGUUUCUAUGUCUUGCGGAGGUUUAUUGUGGAAAGGUUGCAUAGGGAAAUAAAUUAUAUUUUGUUUUUUAAAUGAACUAUAAAACAUUGUUAUAUAUAUAUAGUAAAAUAGGUUAUAUACAAUGAAAUAAAAAUUAAUAUUAGAACUGACCCCAAAGUGAAAAUGCUGUGAACAUAAUAAUUUCAAUUAUCUAAACCUAAUUAUUAUUUUAUAUUUAAAACUUGAUAUUUUCAUUAAGAUAACUGUGUAUGUGUAAAGGUAUAAAUUUAACAUUGUAAUACCACAUGAUUAAAAACCCACGACUUCUAGUUGGCUUGGAAAUUAUUUUAAAUGAUAUCGAUCUUUAUUUCCAAGUCAACUUUUAAUUAUUUUUUUCAAUUAUAUGGUAUUUUACAAUUUGGCUAGAUUUUUCUACAUUAUUUUUCCUUAGAUUAGGUUUAUUUCUUUAUGCGCUAGGAUUACGAAAAUAUAUAUUAAUGGACUCGUUUAUUUGCGCUAAGUUUUUAAAUGGAUAUAGAAAACUAAAUAGUAAAAAGAAUCUUAAAUUUACUUUUUGUAUUAUAUCUGUUUAGAUUUAGAAGUAAUCGAAUAAAAAUAAUUGUAAUACUUU